AUUUUUUUUAAUUUAGAGUUUCAUUAAAAAAAUUAAUUAAUUAAUAAGGGAAACAAGCAAAAAAUAAAGAAAGUUUAGUUUGGAUAAACAAAGAUUAGCCAUAAUUAAAACAUUUGGAAAAAUGGUACUUGCAAUGGUCACAUUUACGUUUUACUGAAAGCGGCACAUUUCAAGUCACUUCAUUUGGUAUCAGAGUAUGGCGUGUUGUUUUCACACAGAACUGUGAGACGUCAACUGUGUAAUUCUGGAUUGACGUCCUAUGAAGAAAGCUAAACUAAGACCGGGUAUAAAGAAGAAAAGAAUGAUUUAUCCGAGUCAGUACAAAAAAAGGACUUUUAACGACUCAAAAAAGGUUUGCUUCAGUGAUGAGAGUAAAAUCAGGAAUCUUACUCCAAUAUGUGAUUCUGUAACCGUCAAACAUUACGUUUCCCCCAAAAUUUGGGAGCUCUGAAUUUAUCUAUUGUGAACGGAAUUAUGCACAUAGACAAGAUUUUUGAAAUCAUAAAUGGCUGCAUGGUUUCCUAACAGCAAUUAAACUUAUAUGAGAGACGUAGCUCCUUGUCAGGCGGCAAAAAAGCAAAGUGAUGGAUAACGUAACAACUGAAAACGCAUUAAGUGCUGGAACUUCAAGUGUCUUAGCAGGUUUUUUCUUUGUAAUUUCUUUCUCAGGAUUGAUAUUUAAUUCCGUCUUAAUUAUGAUAAUAUACUUGGACAGAAAUCUUCACACAAUCACAAAUACCUUUAUUGUGAACCUUGCAGUUUCUGAUUUAAUUACGGCUUGUGCAGUUGCACCGUUCGAUGUUGAUUUUCUACUAAGAAGUUAUUACCCUUAUGGAAAAAUUUUGUGUGGAUUUAAAGAGACAAUGUUUAUGCUGUCGCUUCCCUCAUCUGUUGUAAAUUUACUACUAUUGACAUUUGAAAGAUUUGUAGCUACCAAGUUUCCUUUUAAAAAGUUUAAAUAUUUUACUACAAAUAAAAUUAUUUUAUUGAUAACUUUAAGCUGGAUCUACACUUUAAAUUCAGCUUUGUUUCCUAUAUACUACAAAGGAAUCUCUGCAGUUGUUAUUGUAAAUAGAAUUUGUUAUUUAACUUUUCCUAAAUCGUAUGCUUUUUAUCAGAUUUUGGGAAACUUUGUAGUGCCCGUUCUCAUAAUGGUGAGUAUUUAUAUUUUUUUAUUUUCAACCGUUCAGAAGCACAAAAAGCAAAUUCGAAGAAACUCAGUAAGAACGCAACUUAGGUGUAAAACCAAUCAUAAAACAAUAAAAUCAGUUUUUUUGCUAGUUGGAAACUUUUUGAUUUGCUGGUUAACUUUUAUUGUUCUUGCAACAUCAAACAUGAUAUGUAAUGGUUGUCAUCCAAGAGUUAUUACGUGGUUAGGAAACUUAGUGAUAUAUUCAAACGUUUUUAUUAAUCCGAUGCUAUACGGUUUAAUGAACAAAAACAUUCGAAAAUCUCUGGCAAAAAGAAUUUUUAUCAAGUUUUGCAUUUAUCCGAUUCAGGAAACAAAAUCACGAUCGAAUAUAUUUUCUUAUUAUGCUAUAAGCAGAAAUAAACAUACAAAAAAUUCAAAAAAGCACAAAUUAGAAAUUCCAAGCUUUACACAAAACCAUAAAUGUGAUUCGACUGAAAUUACCUUAUUGAAUUAUAAGUUGAGUGACAAUUCAAUACUUUGAACUAAUGUAAAUCACAAUACUCGAUUUAUACGUUAAACAAGAGUAGCUUUAUACUUUACAAUAGCAACAAUGUUAGUCAAGAUGCAUAGCUAAGAAACCUAUUUAUAAAAAAAUUGUAUCAAAAAAUAAUGUAAUAUAAAAAAUGAAUUUUUUA